AUGACAAAGGCUGUGGACUUAUUAUUGGAGGAAUUCAAGAAAAGGUUUGGUAAAUACCCGGAAGUUUCAUCUUCCACCAUCAUCUUCGACAAAAUGAAGCUAACCGUAAAUAAGACCGGAACAAAAAUUAACGGUGCUACAUUCAAGGAUGUUAAGAUAAUUAUUUCGAAGAAUGGGAAAAUGAUAUACUCCACGGACAAGAACAAGCAAUCCACCGUAAACAAAUACAAAGAACUGAUCAGGAAAGCUAAAAUAGAACAUUCAAAAACACCUGCAACCUUAGUGGAGGAAUAACUCGAACGGCAAAACCUAGAUGCUCCCCAGGAACUUGUAGAUAGCGUAUUAGAAAAUAUCGUCGAAAGAAUGGAUGAUGAAUUAUCCAAUCAAAGCGAAGCUCUCGGUAAUAGUACAGUUAUAUCGGAAAAUGAACUAAAGGAACUGAGAGGUAUCCUGAACGUAAAAGGAAACUCAGGUAAGGAAAAAAUUGACCAUCUUGAAAUAGAAACCGAACGAACUGCAGGACGUGAACAGAAGGCUCUCCUUUACGAAGCAAUGGCAGACAUGACAGAGUUGAAAGCGGACGAAAUAAGGUUAAGAUCAAACGAACGACCAAAAGGACCAAGAGCUAUGUCCAUUGUGGAAGAAGAGGUAGAAAUAAACGAUCUUACAAGGUUCGAAAGAUUUAAGAAAUGGGCAAAAGAAAAUAUAUCCGGAAUAUCAGUCGUGGCAAUGUCUGUGGCGGGUAUCAUCACCACGAUUAUUAUGGGAGCUAGAAGCGUAGCAAAAAAGGGAGAAGAGCAACAAGCAAAUUCGCAAAAGCAAUGGCGAACCUAG